AUGCGUCAGCUUCUCCGCUACGACUUGGAGGAUUCAUCGGGGCCGUCAAAGCCCCCUGGGCUCGGGGGACCUUCCACUCAACCUCCCUCCAAAAAGCGCAAAUACAGCCAGCAAAAAGGUCGCGGGGCACAUGUUCAGCAUUGGGACGAUCCUGGAACUCUGCAGGAGGCGGUGGUGUACGAUGAGCAAGAGGACGGUGCAUUUCACGAACACCCACAGUUCGAGGUUGAAGAAGAAGCCGAGGAAAGCAGAGAACUAACGUACGAAGACAUAUGGGAUGACUCCGCGCUCAUAGAUGCCUGGAACUCUGCUCAGGCAGAGUACGAGGCAUGUCACGGAAAAUCGAAGGAUUGGAAGAAGGAACCCAUAAAAAAGUCUGCGUUGUGGUACAAUGUUCCGCAACCCACGGCUACGAAGCAAUCCAAAGCAUCGAAGGAUGUCAUUGUUGAUGGAGACGCAGACAACACUGCACCCAUUGAUUUUGAUACCUUCGUGCCAACCCAUGAUCCCUCGCUUUCUGAACCCAACACCGCAGGUUCCAACGCCCCUGAGUUCUUCUUACCUCCUGCCUCGACCUCUAUGGUAAGUCGAGAUGAAGCGUUCAAUAAUGCCUUGAGUGCUAUGUACUGGAGCGGUUAUUGGACUGCAGUUUACCACUGUCAGAAAAACACCUCCAGAGAUGAGGUUCUUGCAAAUGAGGGUCAGGACUGCGACGGAGAAGGUGAAGAAGUUGACAGGCGGCGAUACAGAUGAAGCCGAGGAGGAUCUCGUGCCAGCGCAACGGUGACCAGUAGUUUAGAUGACGACACAGCACUAGUCGUCCAUUCAUUGCAUCCAGAUCCAGAUAAAGUGUCAGGUACGUUUUUACGACCACGAUCACGAGGUGAGAAAAUACCAUCGAAACGAGGGACUACAUACGAUUACAAGGAAAUCUCCACGUCCAGCCGUGCCAGAUACGAAUACACAUCCGGUGACAUUCUGUACUUCAAAAUACCCGCGAACACCAUUAGUGGCCUAGACUUCUUUCUGAGUGUGGUCAAGGACUGAAGAAUCUCCUACAUUAGAUUCCAAAGCCUGAUACUGAAGUUGCAACGUACCAUCUGUCGGGUAGCCUCCGUGACAGCAGAUGACGCUUUUAUUGA